AUGCUACCGAAUGAAAGAUUAUUUAUACAAUCAAUGAACAAUACACAAGUAUUGUUUCCUUCUGCUACUUGUAUGCUUCAUGAAUUUAUUUAUCAAAUUCAACUACGUCAUCGAAAUUUCACUCAAUUUUUACGCUCAUUUGUUUAUGCUGAUAUAUUAACAACAAAAACUGAUACCAUAAUACAGAUGGCUCGAUGUUCUUUCGAUAAUCAUCUAUUAAGUCUUAUUGGUACAUUAACUAUUAAGGCUACAUUAAUAAUGCUUCGACCAGAAGGUCAUAUGGAUUUAGAUUAUCUUGCAGGAGUAUUGAAUGAAAAACAGAUUACUACUAUGUAUACUGCUCCAUCUUUAUGGAAUAGUCUAUUUAAUUUUCUCAAUAAUACUAAUCGAAAAUCAUCAGUACACUGA